AUGCAAGACCCGUUCCGCCUCCAAAUGAGCUGCCGUCAUACAAUGAAAACCGUUGGCGUGCAACGUGGCACAGCGAGAAGUCACAGGGGCUACACGAAAUGUUGUGAUCGGCACCAGCACGUGUGUCGUGUGGGUUGGGUGACUUUCUGCCACCCAAAUCCAAGCGGCCCGAUAAGGUUAUCGACACCAUCGGACGAUGGGUGGCACGUCCCACGGUCGCAUCCUACUACUCCACGGGGCCUCCGCUUUGAGUGGGGACAUAUUGUUGAAGCAAAUCCCAGCGCCUUUGUGGAUUCGUCUCCGGACUUUCGGGCAGAUUGCAGGCGCGGCGGAAACAACGCAAAAGGGGAACCAGAGGACUUCUGCAUCACAGCCAAUCUGCAUCUAACUUCGGACGAGUCAAGUAGGCGCGGCUGUGCCACAGCGUAG